AUGCAGUCCUGUGGUCAACUCGAUGUUGGUGGCCGCAAGAGUGUCUUGGAGAGCAGCGGCCUACCUCCUGAACCAGACCAUUUCGACAUGGAGAUGCUCCGGCUACUUUCGUUGUAUCCGGCGGACACGUCGAGAUACCGACGCUUUCGGCACACUGUGCGCCGCAAAGGUGUUGUAUUGGUCCGGCAUCAAUUGAGAAUCAUGAGCCGUUGUGUCAGCGAAGCACUCCGAGCGUCAGAUGGAUCAAUCAACGGGACAGAAUUUGUGCGCUUGGUACUGCGACAUCAUCCAUAUUAUGGGCAGAAUAUAACUGCAGCAAACGUCCUAAGACAGCUAAUACGACGCCUCGCCAAGACCAAUCGUCGAAGCCUACUGAACAUUGUGGAAACGGUCAUCAGGCACUGGGUCAUCCAGAAGGACUUAUCAGAAUUAUCGCUGAAUGACAACGACUAUACAAUUUCACUGCCGUCCGCCUGUGUCGUUCAUGUCGAUGUGGACAACAUCACGAAAUCUUAA